CCCGAGCGGCACGCGGCUCGGGGGCGGGGCGGGUGACGUCGCGGGUCCGCCAGGCUCGGGGAAGACGCCAAGAUGGCGACGAGUCAGUAUUUCGACUUCGCGCAGGGCGGCGGCCCGCAGUACAGCGCCCAGCCUCCGACCCUUCCCCUGCCCACUGCGGGGGCCAGCUAUACUGCACAACCCACUCCUGGGAUGGACCCUGCCGUGAACCCGGCCUUUCCCCCAGCUGCCCCGGCAGGGUACGGUGGAUACCAGCCCCACUCCAGCCAGGACUUCGCCUACGGCAGCCGACCCCAGGAGCCCGUCCCCACGGCUACCACCAUGGCUACCUACCAGGACAGUUACAGCUACGGACAGUCAGCAGCUGCCAGGAGCUAUGAGGACAGGCCGUACUUCCAGUCUCCUGCCCUCCAGUCUGGGCACAUGACAGCCACAGACUCCGGCCAGCCAGGGACCCAAGAGGCCUGCGGGCAGCCCAGCCCCCAUGGCGGUCACAGCCACGCUCAGCCCCCACAGCAGGCGCCCAUAGUGGAGUCCGGACAGCCAGCGAGCACCUUGUCCUCGGGAUACACCUACCCCACGGCGACAGGCGUCCAGCCCGAGUCCUCAGCUUCCAUCGUGACCUCCUACCCCCCGCCCUCCUACAAUCCCACCUGCACCGCCUACACGGCACCAAGCUACCCGAACUAUGACGCGUCGGUGUACUCCGCCGCCAGCCCUUUCUAUCCUCCAGCGCAGCCCCCGCCUCCCCCGGGACCCCCGCAGCAGCUGCCCCCGCCGCCCACGCCUGCAGGCUCAGGAAGCAGCCCCAGGGCCGACUCGAAGCCACCGGUUCCCAGCAAGCUGCCGAGACCCAAGGCCGGGCCCAGGCAGCUCCAGCUUCACUACUGCGACAUCUGCAAGAUCAGCUGCGCUGGCCCCCAGACCUACCGGGAACAUCUGGGAGGGCAGAAGCACAGAAAGAAGGAGGCGGCCCAGAAGACAGGCGUGCAGCCCAACGGGAGCCCGCGCGGGGUGCAGGCGCAGCUGCAUUGCGACCUGUGCGCCGUGUCCUGCACCGGGGCAGACGCCUACGCGGCCCACAUCCGGGGAUCCAAGCACCAGAAGGUCUUCAAGCUGCACACCAAACUGGGGAAGCCCAUUCCCACCCUCGAGCCUGCACCGGCCACAGAGAGCCCCCCCGGGGCGGAGGCCAAGCCCACGUCCCCCACUGGCCCCAGCGUGUGUGCCUCGAGCAGGCCAGCGCUGGCCAAGAGACCCGUGGCCUCGAAGGCCUUAUGCGAGGGGCCUCCUGAGCCACAGGCAGCAGGCUGCAGACCCCAGUGGGGGAAACCAGCCCAAACUAAAUUAGAGGGUCCCGGAGCACCUACCCAAGGAGGCUCAGAGGAAGCUCCCGCGGGCUGCUCUGAUGCGCAGCCGGUGGGCCUGGAAUAUGUGGAGGAGGUGUUCAGCGAGGAAGGGCGAGUGCUUCGCUUCCACUGCAAGCUGUGCGAGUGCAGUUUCAACGACCUUAACGCGAAGGACCUGCACGUGAGGGGGCGGCGGCACCGGCUGCAGUACCGGAAGAAAGUGAACCCGGACCUUCCCAUUUCCACGGAGCCCAGCAGCCGGGCUCGGAAGGUCCGGGAGGAGCGCAUGAGGAAGCAGCGGCACCUGGCGGAGGAGCGGCUGGAGCAGCUGCGGCGCUGGCACGCGGAGAGGAGGCGGCUGGAGGAGGAGCCACCCCAGGACGUGCCGCCCCACGCACCGCCCGACUGGGCCCAGCCUCUGCUCAUGGGCAGGCCGGAGUCACCCGCCAGCGCCCCACUCCAGCCCGGGCGGCGGCCGGCGUCCAGCGACGACCGGCACAUCAUGUGCAAGCACGCCACCAUCUACCCCACGGAGCAGGAGCUCCUGGCCGUGCAGAGGGCCGUGUCCCACGCAGAGCGGGCCCUCAAGCUGGUGUCCGACACGCUGGCCGAGGAGGACCGGGGCCGCCGAGAGGAAGAGGGUGACAAGCGCAGCAGCAUUGCCCCCCAGACUCGGGUCCUGAAAGGCGUCAUGCGAGUAGGCAUCCUGGCGAAAGGCCUCCUCCUGCGUGGGGACAGGAACGUGCGCCUCGCUCUGCUCUGCUCCGAGAAGCCCACGCACAGCCUGCUGCGGAGGAUCGCCCAGCAGCUGCCCCAGCAGCUCCAGAUGGUGACCGAGGAUGAGUAUGAGGUCUCCUCCGACCCUGAAGCCAACAUUGUCAUCUCCUCCUGUGAGGAACCCAGGAUGCAGGUCACCAUAUCUGUCACCUCACCUCUGAUGCGGGAGGACCCCUCCACAGACCCAGAAGGUGUGGAGGAGCCUCAGGCUGAUGCAGGUGAUGUCCUGAGCCCCAAGAAGUGCCUCGAGUCCCUGGCCGCCCUCCGUCAUGCCAGGUGGUUUCAGGCUCGAGCCAGCGGCCUGCAGCCAUGCGUGAUCGUCAUCAGGGUCCUGAGGGACCUCUGCCGGCGUGUGCCCACCUGGGGGGCCCUGCCAGCCUGGGCCAUGGAGCUGCUGGUGGAGAAGGCUGUGAGCAGUGCAGCUGGGCCCCUGGGCCCCGGGGAUGCAGUCAGGCGAGUCCUGGAGUGCGUGGCCACAGGGACGCUCCUGACAGACGGGCCCGGGCUCCAGGAUCCCUGCGAGAGAGACCAGACAGAUGCCCUCGAGCCCAUGACCCUCCAAGAGCGGGAAGACGUGACCGCCAGCGCCCAGCACGCCCUGCGAAUGCUGGCCUUCCGGCAGACCCACAAGGUCCUGGGCAUGGAUCUCCUGCCGCCCAGACACCGGCUGGGGGCCCGCUUCCGGAAGAGGCAGCGGGGACCUGGCGAGGCAGAGGAGGGCGCAGGGGAGAAGAAGCGGGGCCGGCGGGGCGGAGAGGGGCUCGUGUGAGCCGCCUGCCUCCCCCACCUGUGGGCCUUCGCAUCCCUGCACUCCUGGAUGUGUGCGUGCCGACCAAUGGCUGCUUCAUCCCCGACGUUGGCCAAUGGUCAUUUCCUUUUGAGUAACGCUCUGUAGGUUUCCUUUAAAACACCUGCGCUUCAGGCCGGGCACUGUGGCUCAUGCCUUUAAUCCCAGCACUUUGGGAGGCUGAGUUGCUUGAGCCUGAGAGUUCAAGGCCAGCCCAGACAACAGAGUGAGACCCCCAUCUCUCCAAAAUAUUUUUAAAAAUCAGCUUGGCGUGGUUGGUGGCCAGGCGUGGUGAUUCACGCCUGUAAUCCCAGCACUUUGAGAGGCCGAGGUGGGCAGAUUGCCUGAGGUCAGGAGUUCGAGACCGGCCUGGUCAACAUGGUGAAACCCUGUCUCUAGUAAAAAACACAACAAUUAGCCUGGCGUGGUGGUGUGCACCUGUAGUCCCAGCUACUUGGGAGGCUGAGUCUGGAGCCUUGAGGCCAGGAGGGCAGUGAGCUGUGAUUGCACCAUGACACUCCAGCCUGGGCAACAGAAGAAGACUUUGUCACUUAAAAGAAAUGUUUUUUAACAUUUGUGCUUAAAUUGUUAGAGAAAUGACACCAUCCAGCCCUGGGAGUGGCACCCCUUCCUCGAGGGCCCCAUCCCCCACAGCCAGGGGGGCCAGCAGUACAGCAAGCAGAUUCUAAACUCGGGGGCAUCUUGCUGGCUCUAAACUCACCUCGUGGUACAGGAAGGGGUUUUAAAAUACUUCCUCUGGGCUGGGCAUGGUGGCUCACACCUAUAAUCCCAGCACUUUGGGAGGCCAAGCUUGGUGGAUCGCUUGAGCCCAGGGGUUUGAGAUCAGUCUGGGCAAUAUGGUGACACCCCAUCUCUAUAAAAAAUUAGCCAGUUGUGGUGGCCCAAGCCUGUAGUCCCAGCCACUCGGGAGGCUGAGGCCGUAGGAUCCCUUGAGCCCAGGAGGUCGAGGCUGCAGCGAGCCGAGAUUGCGCUACUGAACUCCAGCCUGGGUUACAGAGCGAGACCCUGUCUCAAAGAAACAAAUAAACAAAACUUUCUUUGGAUGCGGCUGCGGCAUGGAUUUGAAAUCACGUGGGCAAGCCCUGUUCUGGGGCCCCACCACGUGUGCAGGACAAGCCCAGGGGAGCUCCCAGCUGGCAUCCCCAUGCCCCCAGCCCAGCCUGCUCCAAACAGACCCCCCCACCCACCUCCGCAGCCAGGAUGUCAGCAGGGCCUGAGCCAGGCUCGUCCCCUGUGGGGAGGGCCACAGGGCCAGGUGGACACGCCGACGGGCGAUGAGGAUUCCGGCUGGGCCUCCCCCGGGAACAGCUGUGCUGGACAGUCAGACCCGGAGCCCAGGGGCACCCCCACCCCCCCCCCCGCCCCGAGCCCUGUACCACUGAGUGCCUUUCGCAGAGAAAACCCACUCUGCCAUGUGUCACUGAGGCCUGGAUUUUAGCUUUCAUCCUUCCUUCCUCCCUCUCUCCCUGAUGUAGGCCUUGGCUGGCCCUGAGGCAGGGGGUCCCCAAAUCCCCCCUUGUGGUAGCAGGGCCGGGACCCGUGCCUGGGGGACCCAGGGAGGGGCCGCCGUCCUGUGGAUGCUGGCCAUGGUGGGCAGGCGCCUCCUGGCACUGAUGGAUGUGGGGGCACCCCCUUCUGAGCCCCCACCCCAACCUGUUCAAACCUUCCGCUUGGUCAGUUUUUUUUUCUUCGGCCAGCUGCCCAAUGGCAUUGAAUGAGAAAAGUCCACCUUUGGGCAGAUGUGAUCUCCAGCCAGUGGCUCAGUUUUGUUUCUCUGUGUUUGAAGGACAGCCUGCGUGUGGCUCUGUCUGAAUGUCUUUGUAGAGCUACCUGGAAAUUGGGAGGCGGGGGGAAUAAAGGAAAUCAUUUGU